CCAUAGUAUUGUGUGGUGUUUAGUGCAUUUUGUCAACUACAGUAUUUGUAUUAUCCCCCCCGCAAACGCGACAUGGUACGAUCCAAGAUCUGUCAAUGGACGCCAAGCUUUCGCUUUCACGCGCUAGUUAUGAUUACACGUCAAAAUCUCACUAUAUAUACGAUGUUUAAUCUGUGUGCUCAGGAUUUCUAGUAAAUUAAUCAUCUAUUUAUUCAGCGGAACUGCGCACGAGCCGUUCAGGAGCACAGACAUGUGUAUGUAGAAGCCACAUUGGACUGCACAAUUUUGGAACAGUCUAUAUGUCGUCACUCAAAAUAAAAAUCAAUGAGUUUCAAGACGCUACAAUGUUGCGUAUCCUCUGUGCGUAAAAACCGAUGCGAUGUAAAUUCCUGAAGAAGCUAGAUAAACGUUCACAGGAGAACGGCGAUGGAGGAUCGUGCACCCCCGGUGUUCACGUUCGGGGUCAUCGCGGACAUACAGUACGCAGAUAUAGAGGACGGUUUAAAUUAUCUGAGAACACGCAAACGCUUCUACAGGAACAGCCUCCAGCUGCUGCGCAAUGCGACGCAACGCUGGGAGGAGCAGCGCGUCAUGUGCGUCCUUCAGCUGGGGGACAUUAUUGACGGGUUUAAUAAGAGCCGCAGCGCUUCGGAACAGGCUCUAGACACCGUUAUCGGGGAGUUUGACAAGAUCUCGGUGGAUGUGCAUCACGCGUGGGGCAAUCACGAGUUUUACAACUUCUGCAGGGAAACUCUACUCGCUUCCCCGCUCAACAGCGCGGCGAAAGCCCGGAGUGGAAGUGACCUCCUAGCGGACGACAUUUACGCGUACGAGUUCAGUCCCGCCCCCGGGUUUCGGUUCGUGCUGCUGGACGCCUACGACAUCAGCGUGAUCGGGAGAGACGAGAGCAGCGAGAAACACAAACGGGCAUUGAAACUGCUGCAGGAACACAACAACAACCCUGAUCUCAAUCAGCCGCCAGUAUUUGGUGGCUUGGAACAAAGGUUUGUGAAAUUCAAUGGUGGAUUCAGCCAAGAGCAGCUCCUGUGGCUCGAUGAAGUCUUAACUCUUGCUGAUCAGAGACAGGAGAGAGUAACUGUCUUUAGUCAUCUCCCCGUUCACCCGUAUGCCACAGACCCCAUCUGUCUGGCGUGGAACUACGACGCCAUGCGCUCCGUGCUGCGCUCUCAUAAGAGCGUGGUUUGCUUCAUGGCGGGACACGAUCAUGAUGGAGGAUAUUACAUAGAUGAGUCUGGUGUUCACCACAUCACGCUGGAGGGGGUGAUUGAAACACGUCCAGACAGUAAUGCCUUCGGGACGGUUUAUGUCUAUGAGGACCAGAUGGUUCUAAAGGGCAACGGAAGGAUAUCAGACAUGGUUCUCAAGUAUCCAUGAGUGGAAAGCAGUUAUGAACUGACAGGAGAUAAGAUUAUUGACAAUGAUUGAUGGAAUGGAAAAUAAUAAAAAUACACCCUUCUGUA